AUGGGCGAUAACAUUAUCAACUUCUAUGCGGGUCAACCCCCACUCAAUAGAGUAGCUUUCCAAAGGCACUCUAGCGAGAUUAUGAAUCGUCAUCUACAUGAUCCAGGAACUAGAUUCUUUAUCUUCAAAGAUGGCAGACCAUUGAUGAAGAAAGAUGAAACUGGAAGAAUUCUUUAUUUGACAAAAGAUCAAUUGGGUGAUGAGAAGUUAGGCCGAGAAUUUGGUGUCGCUCCUUCCGAUGCCACUUCAGAUAUAAAGAAGCUAUAUGAGACUUCCCGUUUACCUCAUACUCAACCGGCUUUAGUCUUUCUGGGAGUAGACGAUAGGGGAUCACCCACAACGAACUCUUCUUCUAAAGUGGAUCAUCUCAAUCCUCAAGGUCAAGCCUACUUCGCGCUCGAUGCUCAAUCACAGACGAAUGAAUGGGAUUCAUUACUGCAGAAGCAGAAUGGUGAAUGGGGAGAUGCGAGGUCGUCAGGUAAUUCGAUGAGCGAUUGGGAUGCUGGGGUUUACGCGCAGGGAAGGGCAUUGGUCGAUUGGAAUGUAAGGAAUAAAUUUUGCCCCGCCUGUGGCUCACCGACGUAUUCUCUCUGGGCAGGAUGGAAACGAAAUUGUACAUCUUCGGUCCAACCUGUAGAAGGGAAAGAACCUUGUUUCUCGUCUAAAGGUUUACAUAAUUUCGCUUAUCCCAGGACAGAUCCUGUCAUCAUCAUGGGUAUUCUAGACUCGACAGGUGAGAAGAUGCUGUUGGGAAGACAAAAAUCAUGGCCCAAGGGAAUGUACUCGUGUUUGGCUGGAUUUAUCGAACCCGGAGAAACGUUCGAAGAUGCUACUAGACGGGAAGUCUUGGAAGAAGCUGGUAUCGAAGUCGGGCCCGUCAGAUACUCAUCAAGUCAACCUUGGCCUUUCCCUUCGAAUUUGAUGGUUGGUACGUUUGGUCGAGCUAAAGAUGGGCAAACUAUUAGACUGGAUUUGGAUAACGAGCUUGAGGACGCCCAAUGGUUCCCCAAAUCGUUGAUCCAGAAGAUCAUCUCUUCUCCGACUGGUUCUACAUUCUCUCAGAAAGACUACAAGCAACUUGAGCAGAAGUCUCAAAUUCACCAUGAUCAAGAGACCUCUGCUGCGUUAGCCCCGUCCGAAAAGAAACCUGAUGAGCUGGUAGCCAAAGAUGGUGAAUUGGGUAUAUCGAGGGUGCCUCCCCGUACAGCCAUUGCUGGCAUGUUGAUUCGACAAUGGUGCGAAGGUGGGCUGGAGCUGGUCAGCAAGCUGUAA